AAGUGAUCCGCGUCUGGGGUAGCCGAAUUUGUAUUCGAUGCUAGCGAGUUGCUAAUGUUGGUCUCACCGUACACCUCUUUUCCGAUAUAUGAUGUUGUAGCUCGUCGCUCCCUGUAUUUGGAGAGGCAAGUUAUUGGUUUCUGCCGCACCAGAUCGCUUGAUUUACAACUGCUGGCCGAUCUAUUGGCGUUCUGGUGAUUUCCUUCGGGAAACAGCUUGUGCUUUCUAACUACAUCUACCCUUGCCAUGCGGACCUACUACUUCCUUGACACGGGCGACCCAAGGAAGCUGGAGUCCCAUACGCUCACUCGUUUCCCAGAAAUCCUCCGAAGUGCUGGGGCCAUCGUCUCGUUCCUCCAAGACAUUCUCCUAUCGAUCUUCCAAUUCCUGAAACUCCCGGUAACGUUUCUCGGAACUGCUACCCUGGUUAUAUUAUCACAUUGGCCGUUACUCGGUCUGAAUGUACGAUCCUUGACUUGCUGCCGGUAUAUUACAUCCAAGCAGGAAGAGAAAUCAAAGCGCUGGAUGCGGUAUCUUGUCCAGAUGCGUCAUACGCCACGAACACUCGCUCAUACUCCGCUGUUAGAUAAGGGUUGGACAAUGGGCCAAGAUGGUAUGGAGAUACAAGGCGUUCUCAGCCAGGGUCGUCGAUGUUUCCGAGAAGAACGGUUCUUCCUUCGGCUACAAUGGCUCGCGGUGCGUUCACGCGUGGAAGGAGGGUAGUUUAUGCCGCAAGUAAUACCUCGAAGAUCGAGGAGCGCUAGCCGCUGGAAGUCCUAGGCCUUGUCAGCGGUACAUUCUCCGUUCCUUUGUGAGUACCUACCCGGGCCGUACUACUCUCUUCCCGCUUGGUAUGAAUAGUAUCAUUCGACGGUCUCAAACGUGACGUGGUAUUCAUUCAGACGAGUAUACACAUUAAAAAGGCAAGUAGUCUAUUCAGAAAACGUAAAGGACAUAAAAUUGGGGAUAAUUUUGAAACAU